AUGGUAGGUAUUCGUGAUGGCAGGGGCGACCGUAACACGGACAAAGUUGCCCAUCGUGUUCGGGCGGCCUGCAAGGACGUAUUACUCGUCCAGGUACACGCCACUAUGAUGGCGAUUUGGGUGGUCGAGAAUAGAAAUAUAUCCACCAUUGCGAGGCUUGGAGCGACUCCGGUCACACAGCCGGCAAUGGUAGCGGGCAUCGUGGUCUUCAAACAGGAUUUGGCAGAGCGAGCGUGGGGUUGGACGGCGGCGAAGGUGCUCCAUAAGGCCGGACGUGAGCCGUUGAGGCCACAGUGUCUAGAAGGAGCGAUAGAGCACGUGGACCGCAUACGCAAGUCCUGA